AUGCGCGUGGUGGGCUACGCAGCAGCGUUGGUCUUGAUCGGCGCCACCGUCGCGCGCCUCUGCAUCGAUCCUCAGCAAAUGGACGAGCCCGUGGCCUUCAGGCAGGAGCCGGUGCUGCAGACGCGAAACAAUGGGACCGGCGAGCCACCUCCGGACUUCUACGCAUGGAUGCGCGAUGACAACCGCUCGCGCCCCGAUGUCCUGGCGUACCUCGACGCCGAAAACGCGUAUGCUGACGAGGCACUGGCGGCGCUGUCGCGCCUCACAAACGCCCUGGCGGAUGAGAUGGGCGCACCCCUGCCGGAAGUGGAGUGGCGCGCCCCCAAGGCGGCCGGCGCCUGGGAGUAUGCGCAGCGGCGCGGCCCCGGGGACGAUUAUUGGGAUGUGAUGCGCCGCCCCGCGCCGGCUGCUGCUGCUGCCAGCGGCGGCGACGGCGGAAGGGCGGCGGCUGCGGCGCCCGCGUGGCGGACGGCGGCGCCGUUCAACCGGCUGGCGCGCGCGCACCAGUACUUUGACGUCGUGGAGUGGCACGCGGCGCCGGACGGCGCCGCGCUGGCUUUCUCAGUUGACACCCGCGGCGAUGAGGAGUUUUCGGUCUAUGUCCUGCCCCUGGCAGCCGACGGGCCGGCGGCCGCGGCACAGGGAGAGACCGGAGACCAGGCGAGCGGCCGCGGCGACAGGGACGAAGAGGGCGUCAGCAACAGCGGCGGCGCGUGGGAGGGCGCUGGCGCGCCAGUCCUGAUCGCCAAGGGUGCGGCCGGCGGCGGGCAGGCCGUGUGGGCACCGGACAGCCGCUCCCUAUUCGUGCUGGAGCAGCCGGGCAGCAGCAAGCGGCAGGGCGGCAGCUCGACGCGCGUCUGGCGGCGCGCGGUAGCCGGCCGCAUGACCAGAGGCGGGAGCGGCGGCGGCAGCAAGGGCAAAGCGGCGGCGCCAGGCGAUGCGGUGCUGUUAGAGCUGGACCCUGGGGCGCUGGAUCUUGAUUUGACAGUCAGCAGCAGCGGGCAGUUCCUCAUUCUCAAGUAUGGCGCUGAGGACGGGGACGCUGUGCUUGCCCUGGACAUGGUCGCCGCAUCGGGCGGCCCCGGCAUCGCAAUGCAGCAACAGCAGCAGCGAGAGCAGCGCCCCUCGGAGCUCGCUCGCGCAGUGGCGGCGGGCUGGCGCGUCGUGCUAGACCCAGACCUCGGCCGCGACUGCAUGCAGGCGGAUCACUGGCGGGACGAUGUUUUCCUUUUAAUAGUUGACGACGAGGACGAGCCCGAUGGGCGUGUGGAGCUGGCGGCCGUACCACGGCUGCCUGCGGCAGCGAGCGCCGCGGCGGCAGCGGUGGUGAGGCAGCCGCUGCUCGUGAGCGCGGGCGGAGCCCACAAUGGGAGUGGCGGCGGCAGGAGCGGCGGCAGCGGCGGUGGCGGCGGCGGCGGCGGCAAUGGGGGCUUCAGGGAGGGCCACGUGGAGGUGCGCAGCUUUGCUCUAACGCGGGACUAUGCAGCCGUCUCCAUACGCCGCGGCGGCGCCUGCGUCGUCCAGGUCUUCGACUGGCAGACGGCUGCCACGGCGCUCGCAGCCGCUGCAGCGGCGGCGGCGCGGGCUGCGCAGGGCGGGCAGCAGAAGGGCGGGAAGCCCGAGGAGUCCUGGCCCGUCCCGCUGCCGGCGCCGGCGUGGGAGCUUUCGUUCGGCCGCGACGCGACAGCGGUGGUCGGCCUUGUCGGCGAAUCGGGCGCUUUCGAGGUCCCGAAAGUUCGGCUGUCCGAGGAAUCAUUCGUGAGCCCCGUGAAGCAGUACGAUCUGGACCUCCAAACGAGGGAGAGGGCGCUGGUCUAUGCCGAGAAGCUGGCGGGAAGCUUCCAAGAGGAGCGGUACGAGAGCCGCAUGGAGUGGGCGACGUCUCACGACGGCGUCAAGGUGCCCAUGACCGUGGCCUGGCGCCGCGACAAGGUUGCGCGCAACGGCGCCAACCCCGCCAUCCUCCACGGGUAUGGGGCGUACGGCGCCAAGAAGUUUCCUGGGUUUGAUCCUGCUGACCUGGCGCUGUUGGACCGCGGCUUUGUGCUGGCGGUGGGCCACAUCAGGGGCGGCUCAGAGCUGGGGGCGGCGUGGCACUCGGAUGGGGAGAGGAUGCACAAGAUGAACACCUUCCACGACCUCCUGGCCUGCGCCCGCCACCUGGUCGCGUCCAACUACACAUCCCCGCCCCGCCUUGCGCUCUGGGGCCGCAGCGCCGGCGGCCUUGCGGUCGGCGCGGCCCUCAAUCUGGACCCGGCCUGCUGCGGGGCGGCUGUGUUGGACGUGCCGUUCUUGGACCCCCUGCGCACCAUGCUGGACGCGUCGCUGCUGCUGACGGUCAAGGAGCGGCCGGAGUGGGGAGACCCCAUUGCCGACGAGGCUGCCUUCGACUACAUCUCAUCAUACAGCCCCUACGACAAUGUGCAGGACGCCCCCUACCCCAGCCUCCUGGUUACAGCCAGUUUGUGGGACCGACGCGUCAACUUCUGGGAGCCCCUGAAAUAUGUGGCCAAGCUGCGCCACCUCAGGCAGCUCCGCCGCCAGUCCGCGGCCUUCACGCAGUCCGGCGUCACCACGCGGCUGCAGGACGCCCGGCUGAAGGGCGCUGCAGCGCUUUCGCCGCACGGCGGGGGCGGCGGCGGCAGCGACGGCUGUGGCGGGAGGAUCCUCAUGAAAACCGACAUGGCGGCCGGCCACUUUGCUGCGUCGGGGGCGGGCGAGCGGCUGCGGCAGCGCGCGGAAAAGGCUGCGUUCCUGGUUGACGCGCUGGGCCUGGGCGGGUGA